CCCCUCUAAGUUAGCGUCAUCGCCCCUUCCCCUCCCAUCUCCAGCCACCCAGUGCAGCAGCCCCACUCUUGCCUGGUCCCGGCCCCGGGGAAAGCUCCGCUGAGAGGACCCUGAACUCUGCUGCCCACUAGGCUCCUGGCACCUUAUAGCUAGUGUCUGCAUCCACCCGGAUCCUUGCUGGGCAGCGCCCUUGGGACGGGAGGAUACAGCAAGCUUCUCAGCAAAAUGAACAGUGGAAGACCCUUGGAACAAGGAGGUGAGAUGAAGUGGAAAUCUGGGGCUUGCUUUAAAGGACCAGCCAGGGGUAGUUCCUUGGGACUGAGGAGAUGGUUCGACAAAUAAAAGGCUUGCCUCACAAACAUGAAGACCUGAGUUCAGAUCCCCAGAACCCACAUAAAGCCAGAGGAGGUAGAAUACAUCUGAAAUCCCAGUGCACUGUAGCAGAUGGGGCAAGAACACGGGAGACUCUGUGAAAGCUUCUAGUGGAUUAGCCUGGCCUAUGACCACACUCAAAGUUCCUCCACGGGGCAUGCUUCCACUCACUCACAAGAACCAAGGACAAAAUAGACGAACAAGAUGGGAAAUAUGUUCUUUUGGUUGAUGAUUUUAAUCCCUGGAUGGGCCCUCUCCGAUGGGUCUGAAACAGAACCAGAUUUUACGUGGCACUUGAGCAGAAUACCCCAGGUUGUGAGUGAGAAGACUAUCCAUCUUGCCAGCCCCACGUUCCAGGCAGAUGCUGGGGUGGUGAGGGCCACAGUGUGUGGCAUUGAAUGUCAGGAAGAGCUCCCGGUUCCCAGUCUUUCCCAGCUGGAAGAUUCCCUAUCCUAUGAGACCGUCUUCGAGAAUGGCACCCGAACCUUAACCAGGGUGAAAGUUCAAGGUCUGGUCCUGGAACCCACUCAGAACAGCAGUGUAAAAGGAGCGCGCCCUAGGAGGAGAAGGCAGGUGUACGGUACGGACAGCAGGUUCAGCAUCUUAGACAAAAGGUUCUUGACCAAUUUCCCUUUUAAUACAGCAGUGAAGCUGUCCACCGGCUGCAGCGGCGCCCUCGUCUCCCCCAACCAUGUACUCACAGCUGCCCACUGCGUCCACGACGGGAAGGACUAUGUCAAAGGCAGUAAAAAGCUGAGGGUGGGAGUGCUGAAGAUGAGAAAUAAAGGAGGCCGUAAGAAACGCAGAGGUUCCAAGAGGAACCCGAGAGAAGCAGAGAGUGGUGGCCAAAGUCAGGAGCAUCCCCAGGAAAGCACCACCCAAAGACGGGGAAAAAAAUCCAGACGGGGUCCGAAUGUCGCUCAAGAAAGGCCUUCCUUCCAAUGGACCCGCGUCAAGAGCACCCACAUUCCCAAAGGUUGGGUGAGGGGAGAGAAUGGGGACCUGGCCUUGGACUACGACUACGCACUCCUGGAGCUGAAGCGCGCACACAAGCAGCAGCACAUGGAGCUGGGAGUCAGCCCCACCAUCGCCAAGCUGCCGGGAGGCCGGAUCCACUUCUCUGGAUUUGACAACGACAGGGAUGAUCAGUUGGUGUAUCGAUUUUGCAGCGUUUCCGAGGAAUCCAAUGACCUCCUGUAUCAGUACUGCGAUGCUGAGGCAGGCUCCACCGGCUCGGGGAUCUACCUGAGGCUCAAAGAGCCAGACCAAAAGAAUUGGAAGCGCAAGAUCAUCGCGGUCUACUCGGGCCACCAGUGGGUGGAUGUGCACGGAGUUCAGAAGGACUAUAACGUGGCUGUGCGCAUCACUCCGCUCAAGUACGCCCAGAUUUGCCUCUGGAUCCAUGGAAAUGCUGCCAACUGUGCUUAUGGCUGAGGGAAAACUGAAGCGACUUCAUGCGCAUCUUGAAUCCCAGAGAAAGCCGGCUCUCAUUUUGGACCACUCACAGGCUAUGCCUGGACGUGGACUGUCAGUGGUUUUUACAGCAUCUUUACAGACUUCCUUUAUCAAAAUUAGGUUACUUUCGCACAGUUAAAAUGUUUAGUUACAGAUACUGAAACUAGAUGGCACUUCAGCGACAAGUAUAUAUACUCUUUAUAUGGUGGUAAGUUUCAUUUUGGGGGAAACCAUUUGUUUACUUGGGCCUUUUUGGAUACCAGACACUCUUUAAAACAUCAAACUAGAACUGUAAUGUGACUUCUCAGUGGACUAGCUCUUGAGUCCUACUCUAGGAAGAACCUAGGAGGAUGUAUUCAAUUAUGUGUUCAACCUUCAUGGAAAAUAGGAAGAUUUACAGUAACACAAUUAGCAUCAGGGGAGACAGGAGGUUUAGUUUGCCAUGCGAUGACAUUCAGCCAUCCCAUUCUUGCCCUCAGCGUUUAUAUGUGUCUUCUCUUGGUACUGAGAAACUAAUUUCAAGAACUAUAGAUCAAAACAUAUAAAAAUUACAAAUCAAAUAUACUAGUGAGCUGCAUAAACAAAACUAGUAACUGUGACUUUAAAAACCCAACACAGCCAUGUCCAUCUAAAAUUUAGAGAAACACUUUGUUCUGUGUAAUGAACCAAGUUUACAGACACUGAAAGCUGAGACACUCUAAGAUCUCAAGUUUUACAUUCUUAAAAUAUGAAGUUUUCAAGGCAUACCGAGAAGCCAUUUCACAAGCUACCACUCUCUGGGGAAAGCCACACCCUUUUGUGUUGUACUUCCUGCUGCGUGUGAGGCGCUAUAUUCUUAAGAGAGGUGUAGUUCAAAGUCUUUUUCAAAAGAGAACCCACCUACCCCAACCCUGAGAUACCAAAGGAGGCUCUGAUGGUUCUCAUAAGGGACCAAAGUGGCAUCCUUGUUCGGCCUCCCAAGUAGCACUAAGUAGUUACUGUGUACCACCCUAGAGCAAAAUGCAGAGCAGGCAUUCAGGACACACUCAUGAACAAACAUGGCUGUGGUAGAUGGCUAUAAACAGGGGUUAAGUCAGGGCAUUAUGCUUAACUGGUUUUGAUGAUAUAAUCAAGUACACCCUAAAAUUUAAGUAACCAAGGGCCCAAUCUUUGGCCUACUCUUUCUGGCGAAUUCUAAAGCCACAUAUUUUCCCUCACUCAAUUCAGUGCCAGGGUAAAACCUUUUCUCUUUCAGACGUGUCCUACAAAGGCUACAAAUUAAGAAAUAAUGUUGUUGCCUAUUUUUGUUUUCUGUUACCGUCUUGGUUACUAUGCAAAGGAGUAUCUUCAUCUGGGUUAUCAUAAUGACUCUGUAAAUGGUGCUCAGAAUAUGUGGCAUUCUUUUAUAAUGUGGGUUGUUAAAAAUAAUUCAAUAAAAUUAAAGAAUAAAAAGUA